CCCGUUAGAGCGCUGGCAGGAACAGUCGCGAGUUCGGAGGUAGGAGCAGCUCUGCAUCCAUGGAACAAGACGAGGGGCUGAGCACAGGACUUGCUAAGGCCAUCAGACCUAUCGAUCAGAGGUCGAUUCAUCAGAUUUGUUCUGGGCAAGUGGUACUAAGUCUAAGCUCUGCUGUGAAGGAGUUGGUAGAAAAUAGUGUGGAUGCUGGUGCCACUAAUAUAGAUCUAAGGCUUAAAGACUAUGGGGUGGAUCUCAUUGAAGUUUCUGACAAUGGCUGUGGGGUAGAAGAAGAAAACUUUGAAGGCUUAACUCUGAAACAUCACACUUCUAAGAUUCAAGAGUUUGCUGACCUGACUCAGGUUGAAACUUUCGGCUUUCGGGGGGAAGCGCUGAGCUCACUUUGUGCACUGAGUGACCUCACUGUUUCCACCUGCCACUCAUCGGCAAAGGUUGGGACUCGGCUGGUGUUUGAUCACAAUGGGAAAAUCGUCCAGAAAACCCCGUACCCACGGCCCAGAGGGACAACAGUCAGUGUCCAGCAGCUGUUUUACACGCUGCCUGUGCGCCAUAAGGAGUUUCAGAGGAAUAUUAAAAAGGAGUUUGCCAAAAUGGUCCAUGUCCUCCAUGCGUACUGUAUCAUUCCCACGGGCAUCCGCCUCAGUUGCACCAAUCAGGUGGGACAAGGAAGACGACAGCCUGUGGUGGGCACAAGCGGAAGCCCCAGCGUAAGGGACAACAUUGGAUCCGUGUUCGGGCAGAAACAGCUGCAGAGCCUCAUUCCCUUCACUCAGCUGCCCCCUAGUGACGUGGUCUGCGAGGAGUUCGGCCUGAGCCACUCCGAUGCUCUGCACAGUCUGUUUCGUAUCUCAGGUUUCAUUUCCUACUGUACUCAUGGUGUCGGACGGAGUUCAACGGACAGACAAUUUUUCUUUAUCAAUUGGCGGCCUUGUGACCCAGCAAAGGUUUCCAGACUCGUGAAUGAGGUCUAUCACAUGUAUAAUCGACAUCAAUACCCAUUUGUUGUUCUUAACAUUUCUGUGGAUUCAGAAUGUGUUGAUAUCAACGUUACUCCGGAUAAAAGGCAAAUUUUACUACAGGAGGAGAAACUUUUGUUGGCAGUGUUGAAGACGUCUCUGAUAGGGAUGUUCGACAGCGAUGUCAGCAAACUCAGCAUCAGUCAGCAGCCCCUGCUGGAUGUUGAAGCAGAGAACCGGCCCCAGGGCCUGCCGAAUGCAGAACCCAAUCGGAUUUCUCCGAGACAGAAGAGAGGUGCACGGUCUUCAAGGCCUUCAGACUCCCUUUGCCCCCAGACGCCCAGCCCGGGCACAGGCCGGCGCAGCCCUCCAGGAGGGGCAAUGUGCUCAGAUGCGGACAGAGUGGAGGUGGAGCGGGACUCGGGGUGCGGUAGCACCUCCGCGGGCUCAGAGCAGGGGCUCAGCACCCCAGACGUGGGCAGUCUCUCCAGCAGCGACCGAGCAGCCAGCUCCCCUGAAGACAGGUUUUCACAAGAAAACAUGGAGUCGCGGGAGAGGGUACCUGAAAUGGAGCGUCGUUUUUCAGACACGGAAUGCCAUCGAGACCAGGAAGAUAGUGGAUAUAAAUUGAGAGAGUUGCCUCAGCCAACAAACCUCUCAAACACCAAGCGUUUUAAAAAAGAAGGAAUUCCUUUAAAUCCAGACAUCCCUCAAAAGUCCAUCAGCACACAGAACGUGUCAGCGUCUCAGGUGGACGUAGCUGUGAAAAUUAAUAAGAAAAUAGUGCCCCUUGAGUUUUCUAUGAGUUCUUUGGUUCAACGCCUAAAGCAGUUACAUCAGCAAGAGCAGCACAGAGGAGGGCAACAGAAUUACAGGAGGUUCAGGGCAAAGAUUUGCCCUGGAGAAAAUCAAGCAGCGGAAGAGGAACUAAGGAAAGAGAUAAGUAAGACGAUGUUUGCAGAGAUGGAAAUCAUUGGGCAGUUCAACCUGGGCUUCAUCGUCACCAAGCUGGACGCGGACGUGUUCAUCGUGGACCAGCACGCCACGGACGAGAAGUACCACUUCGAGAUGCUGCGGCAGCACACCGUCCUCCAGGGCCAGAGGCUGCUCGUGCCCCAGACUCUCAACUUAACUGCAGCUAACGAAGCUGUCCUGUUAGAAAAUCUGGAAAUAUUCAGAAAGAACGGCUUUGAUUUUGUCAUCGAUGAAAGUGCUCCAGUCACGGAAAGGGCUAAACUGAUUUCCUUGCCAACUAGUAAGAACUGGACCUUUGGGCCCCAGGACAUAGAUGAACUGAUCUUCAUGCUGAGCGACAGCCCAGGGGUCAUGUGCCGGCCGUCCCGCGUCAGGCAGAUGUUUGCCUCCAGAGCCUGUCGAAAGUCUGUGAUGAUCGGAACUGCUCUAAACACAAGUGAGAUGAAGAAACUCAUCACCCACAUGGGUGAGAUGGACCAUCCCUGGAACUGUCCCCACGGCAGGCCGACCAUGAGACACAUCGCUAACCUGGAUGUCAUUUCUCAAAACUGACACUUCUCAUCGUAUAGAGUUAGACAGUUCAUUGCCGACUUUCCCGUUUUGAAAGGCGGGGUUUUAACCGUUAAGUGCCGUAGCCAUUUAGAAAUGAUGUUGAGAACCUUUUCAACCACGUGGAGCAUGGCUGCAGUGUACUGCGUUCUGCGUGUGCGCGCGCGCGUGCGUGUGGGCAAGAGCACGUUUUUUAAAACCAGGAAGAGCACUUUCAGAGUCACCCACGCCCCUGCUCUGGCCCAGUGUAUUUUAGGCUGCAACUUUGAGCCCUUUGAGAUGAUUAAAUUUGUAAUGGUUUAAUUUCAUAAAUUAAUGGUCCUGUUGCAUUAGUGGUCCUCAACCCUCGUGCACAUUAAAUUUUUUUUAGAAAAGGAAUAGUCUGGAAAACCUAGUGGGGAUUCUCUGCUGGCUGGGUAAGGACAGCCCCGCUGGGGCCACGAGUUUUAGAAGUUCCCCCAUGUGGCCAGGGCAGGAAGGCACUGUUGCAGGCAAGGGGC